AUAGAUAGUUCUUAAUUAUGAUUGACGUCCUCGUGGAUGCAGGGUGAACGUAUAAGCAUGAAUAUGCAAUUACAAAAUCACCACAAAACAGUACAGAAUUUGAUUGGCAUGUUAGGAAAUGAUUCAGCUCUAAGAAACUUGAACAAGUGCCUAUAUUCGGUUGGAAUGGGCAACAAUGACUACCUCAACAACUAUUUCUUGCCCCAGUACUUCCCAACAAGCCAUGAGUAUACCUUGGAGAAGUACACCCAACUUCUUAUUGAGCAAUACUCGCAGCAACUAAGGUCUUUGUACGAGUUAGGAGCAAGGAAACUAGUGGUAUUCGGACUAGGGAAAAUAGGCUGUGUCCCAGGUGCAAUUGACACAUAUGGCACCAACGGAUCUGCUUGUGUAGAGCUUUUGAACAAUGCUUCCCAGCUUUUCAACAGCAAGCUCUUACCAGUCAUUGAUGAACUCAAUGAUGACUUGCCGGAUGCAAAAAUUAUAUAUAUAAACAACUAUAAGAUCGGCGAGGAUGCUACAGUUCUUGAUUUCAAGGUCAAUAAUACAGCGUGCUGUCCAUCGUCUGCCAUUGGUCAAUGCAUUCCGGACCAAGUUCCAUGCCAGAAUAGGACCCAAUACAUGUUCUGGGACUCAUUCCAUCCAACUGAGAUCUUUAAUAUUUUCUAUGCAGAGAGAUCUUACAGUGCUUUAGACCCUUCCUAUACUUAUCCAUAUGAUAUUCGCCACUUAAUUUCGCUUGAUCAAGGAGUUGCUGAGGCAAAGUGAUCGAGGAAAUUAUCAAGAAUAAGCAGGCUUCUAUUUAUUUGCUACUACUGUCGUGGUCUAUUUACUUUAUAUUAUGAUUUUAUUCCUUCGUGAUGUAUGCUUUUGUUGUGAUGACUAAACAAGGGUACUAUAAUGUUAUAUA